AUGGGAAGUGUUUCGUCUGAAGACGUUUCUGAGAGAUGUGGAAGUUAUAGUCCGAGUGCUGACAUCAGCGAAUCGGAAAGUUCUAGUAGCUUUUACGGUCGACGUUUUGAUGCCGAGGGAGCUUCAAGCUCAGCGAACCUCUCGCCGCGUCAACUCGCCGCGCAUUUCAACUUACCGACGGCGGCGCAAGUCAUGCUUCCGGUCAUCGGUGGUAAAGACGUCGUCGUUUGGGAUCAUAAGCGUGACCUGGAUUUGUCCGAAGUUGAAAUGAUGAAGGAAAGAUUCGCUAAGCUUCUUUUAGGAGAAGACAUGUCUGGUGGUGGAAAGGGGGUUUGUACUGCACUUGCGAUCUCUAAUGCAAUCACGAAUCUCUCUGCGACUGUGUUUGGAGAGUUAUGGAGGUUGGAGCCAUUAGCACCACAGAAAAAAGCGAUGUGGCGUAGGGAAAUGGAAUGGCUUCUAUGUGUGAGUGAUUCGAUUGUUGAGCUGGUGCCUUCUGUGCAGCAGUUUCCAGGUGGUGGAACUUAUGAAGUGAUGGCGACGCGGCCUAGGUCUGAUUUGUACAUCAAUCUUCCUGCUUUGAAGAAGCUUGAUGGGAUGUUGUUAAGUAUGCUGGAUGGGUUUUGUGAUACACAGUUUUGGUAUGUUGAAAGAGGAAUUGUGUUGGCUGAUUCUAAGGAUUGUGAUGAGUAUGGUAGACCUUCUGUUAGGCAAGAAGAGAAAUGGUGGCUUCCUUCUCCUAAGCUUCCGCCAAAUGGGUUGUGUGAGGAUGAUAGGAAACGGUUGCAACAGUGUAGGGAUUGCACUAACCAGAUACUUAAGGCUGCCAUGGCGAUUAAUAGUUCUGUUCUUGCUGAAAUGGAAAUUCCUGCUGCUUAUGUAGAAUCUUUGCCAAGGAAUGGAAAAGCUUGUCUAGGGGAUAUAGUUUAUCGAUACAUAACUGCUGGCCAGUUCUCACCUGAAUGUCUUCUUGAUUGCCUUGAUCUAUCAUCUGAGCAUCACACACAGGAUAUAGCUAAUAGAAUUGAGGCUGCUAUACAUGUAUGGAGGUUAAAAGACGUACAGAGACUUAAAAAUUCGGUGAAAGCCCGACGGUCUUGGAGUGGGAAGGUAAAGAGCCUUGUUGCCGACGGUGAGAAGAACCAUUUUCUUGUCCAACGGGCAGAGACACUACUGCAAAGCUUGAAACACCGGUUUCCUGGGCUCCCUCAAACAGCACUUGAUAUGGCCAAGAUACAAUACAAUAAGGAUGUAGGACAGUCCAUUCUUGAAAGUUAUUCCAGGGUGACAGAGAGCUUGGCCUUUAACAUAAUGGCGAGAAUCGAUGAUGUCCUAUAUGUAGACGAUACUAUCAAACGAUGCGCAGCUGCAGAUUCUAUCUUGUUCGGCAGGGGAGGUUUUGGUGGUAUGCCUAUCCAGAAGCGAAUGACUCCCAGCCCUUUCUCAAUCCAACACACCCCAUUCGCAUCUCCCUUUGCCACCCCAACAUUCUGUUCCUCCUCUCCUGCUAGCGGAAGCCCUUGCAGUCCAUAUAGGACACACACUGUUAAGAGAAAUGCCAAGGGAAAAGAUUCCAAGACUGAAAAGUUGGCCUCAACUGAUUAUGAAAAGGUUUGGUCAUACACCGGAAACCUCAGUGUAAGAAGAGUUUCUGGUGAGGCUCCAGAAAGAGACUAA